UUUCCAUUUCUCCCCAAACCUUUUCCCCCUCGUCGGCGGCGGAGCGGCGAUGCCUCCCAAAUCCGAUUGCGUUGAAGGAAUCGUCCUCACCUUCGUCAAUGAGCAAAAUAGGCCAUUGAAUUCUCAGAAUGCAGCUGAUGCGCUGCAAAAAUUCAACCUCAAGAAGACUGCAGUGCAGAAGGCAUUGGAUGCAUUGGCUGACAGUGGACAGAUUUCCUUCAAGGAGUAUGGCAAGCAGAAAAUAUAUCUUGCUCGGCAAGAUCAAUUCGACAUCCCAAACGGGGAGGAACUUGAGGAGAUGAAGAAAGCAAAUACCAAGCUACAGGAAGAACUUGCAGAUCAAAAGAAAGCGAUUAGUGAGGUAGAAUCUGAGGUACGAGGUCUGCAGUCAAACUUGACUUUGGCAGAGAUCAAGUCAAAGGAGGCUAAAUUACAAAGAGAAGUCCAGGAAAUGGAAGAAAAACUAAACAAAUUGAGGAGUGGUGUUAUCUUGGUGAAACCUGAGGACAAGAAGAUUAUCGAAGAGAACUUCACUGAGAAAGUUAACCAGUGGAGAAAGCGAAAGAGGAUGUUCAAGGAGCUAUGGGAUAACAUCACUGAGAACAGCCCUAAAGACCAGAAGGAAUUUAAGGAAGAGCUUGGUCUCGAGUAUGAUGAAGAUGUCGGUGUAAACUUGCAGUCUUACAAUGACAUGCUAACGAGUCUCAGUAAAAGAAGAAAAGUGUCCCGCUGAUGAUGUAGCAUAGGGGUUUCUGAAAUCAAAUCGUGGUAUACAGAAGUUUCACUAGCUACAGUUCAUGGACUUACUAUUUUCUUAAGGUAGUUCACCCCGAAGAAUCCAAAUUCCAGACCGGUCAUAUCUGCUGUUGAAAAUUCUAGUAAAUGCAUAUAAGUUAAGCCUGGUUUAGUUCCCAAAAUUUUUUUCCAAAAAACAUCACAUCAAAUCUUUGAAC